CGAACUGUCAUCUUCAGCUGGUCGAUCCAUCGCGCUUUGACACGUUCGCCAUGCGCGCUGGUCGACACCCCAUGUCACUGCGAUCCCGAUGGCUGUGCUGCUCGCUUCUGGUCACCUGGUCCCUCUGCUUCGUGCCACUGGCCUCUCCGGGCGCGCAGUACACCGCGCCGCGCGGCGGGCGCGAGACCGCGCCGCGCACGAGGGGCGUCGUGUGGCGCCGUGCCAUGGACUUGGAGGAGCGGCGGGCCAAGUGCCCCUUAACACGGGAGCAAUUGGAAAGCGAUCAUGGAGAGAAGUGGGAAGACGUGCGCGACAUCUUGGUGGGACUCCGCGCGACCUCCCCGGAAGCGAUCAUGCGAGCUCGAUUUACAGCGUUGAGAUUUCAAGAUCCGCAGUUCUUGGCCUCCACAGAAAAGGAUGAGAGCCAGUCGAUCCGGGAGCGCUCCAAGCAGUGGUCCUACACAUUGGGUCUGGAAGAAAUGCCUGCGGUGGACAAGUUCCUGAACCUGAACAAUGAUGCCUUCAACUUGCAGAAGCCCAUCUCGUUUGACGUGCUCGCCGCCGAGGGCGAGUGGUUGGAAUUUCGAAUCACAUGCGAAGGGAAGACCCUUUCGGAGAAAAGCCGCUUCAUCCAAGACAGGAAGUAUGGCUGGGUCUACGGCGGCGAAACCGAAUACAGCCGAUGGACUUAAUCCGCUGGACCCUGAAGCACAUGGACCCUCAUGCACUGACUUGCCUGAUCUUGGCUGUGGGGUCAUGGCACCCGUUUCGCCCGUUUCACUCCCUUCUCUGUGGACCUCCCGCAGGUCGUCGAUUCACUUCAUGUUCGGGAGAAACACACAAACUAUGUAGGGUCCCCCCGGUUGAAACAGCCACUUCAAGUUUCUGGAACAUCCAAACACAGAGUGGUGCUGGAGACUAGCGGCCAGCUCCAGCG